UGCAUGACAGGCCCUGGUGAACCGGGAGAGAAAGGCGAGAGAACGCGUGCUCGGCGAAACGGUUUGUACACAAGCUAGUGACCGGACUGCGUGUGUCAGUGUGUGCUGCAUGCAGUACUGUACUGUACUAGUAGUCUACACACCGCUUCUGUGAGCGGGAAUCAGUGUAGAGGAAGCCACAGCUGACGCGCGGAGCAAGGUUUAUCGCUGCGGAACACCGGGUCGGCUGAUAACGAGCAGGGCCCCGGGCGACAACCGGUCGAUAUACGGGGAGACACGCGUGGGGCGCCGAAGACAACCUCCCGUAGUCUCGGCAUUGUUGUGGGACUGACCCGGGCAAUUCGGCAGAAGCUCCCGUGCCCCGGGGAUAGGCUAGACAGGUAUACAGUUGCGAAAGAACAACACAGGAGCCUCCCAUGUGGAUGCGCACAGGGUAGACAAGCGCAAGCCCCUGUCUGCCUCUCUUCUUUCUGAAGAAGACAAAACCUUCAGGACGCUGCCUUUUUGGUCGGGACUUCUUCAUACAUGAACUGAAUGGACUGAGAUUCGAACUCGGGACUCCUGAUCCUGCGUGUGCCGCUGUGUCUGCGCACACAGCUACUACAGAAGGUGUGGGACUGACAGUUUGACUUCUCGGCUAGAACGCGAGGCUGCUCUGCAGGGCCUCUGCAGACCAGCGCCGACCCUGGACACCGUGGUGGAUUCGAACCCGGGACUCUCGGAGAGCGCCUUCAUCUACACGGAGCAGUCGGGCAGCAUGGUGGUGAACUGCGCGGGGUGCGAGCGGCCCGUGCUGGACCGGUUCCUGCUGAACGUGCUGGACAGAGCGUGGCACGCCAAGUGUGUGCGCUGCAGCGACUGUAGCUGUCGGCUCACGGAGAAAUGUUUCACUAGGGACUCCAAACUGUACUGCAGAGAGGACUUUUUCAGACGGUUCGGCACGAAGUGUGCGGGGUGUACUCAGGGUAUCCUUCCGAACGACCUGGUGAGGAGAGCGAGAAACAAAGUGUUCCACCUGAAGUGCUUCACGUGCGCCGCCUGCGCCAAGCAGAUGGCCACGGGGGAGGAACUCUUCGUGGUGGACGACGACAAAUUCAUCUGUAAAGACUGUUAUCACAACAACAAAGUCACAGCAGACAGGGGUAGCGACGUCGAAGCGGAGCUGGGACUUACGGGCCCCGAAGAGACCGACGACAGCUUGACGGGGGCCCCGGCGCCUCCCCCCGCAGCGACGCCGGCAGUGGCCCCCGCCCGAGAACCCAUGCGGGAAGCGGCGGCAGACUCCAGGGAAAACGUUAGCCUGAACACCCCCAACCCCGCCUCGCCCACCUCCCCGUCCUCGGCACCGCGAGACGAGAAGGAACGCGAGACGGCGCGAGACUCACGUGACACCGUGAGUUCGGGAAACUCGUCUGACAACGAGGCUGGCAGCGCCACGAGUAAAGAUGGCGUCAGUGGCGGGAAUAACGAAAACACACUCGGGGCCAAGCGUAGAGGCCCCAGAACUACCAUUAAGGCAAAACAGUUGGAAACGUUAAAAGCAGCUUUCGCAGCCACACCCAAACCCACAAGGCACAUACGAGAACAGUUGGCACAAGAGACGGGGCUGAACAUGAGGGUCAUACAGGUGUGGUUCCAGAACAGACGGUCCAAGGAGAGGCGGAUGAAGCAGCUGAGCGCGCUGGGGGCGCGGCGGGCGCAGUUCUUCCGCCACCCGAGGAGAAUGCGCGGGCUGGACGGCAGUCCUGAGCUGAUGGGCGCGCAGUACGGCUUCUACCAGGGAGAGAUAGAUGACCAAGCCGAGUACUACAGCCCGCAGAGCUACUACGACUUCUUCCCGCCCGGAUCGCAGCCGCCCAACUCACAAGCCGGGGGAAUGCCGCCCUUCCUACCACCCUCCUCCCAGCCCAUGGGCGUCAUGGACCCGGCCAUGCCGCACCAAGGGGGUGGCGGCGGUAUGGGGAACGGCCACGGAGGGAUGCCGCCUGACGGAUUCCUCCCCCCGGGAGACAUGCUACCUCAGUCGGACGCGCCCACUCCGGAGCCGAUGAUGGGGGACGGAGGGUACGGGCCUCCGCCGAACCAGACGCUGGGGAGGGGAUUUCCCCCCGGUAUGCCCGGGCAACCCCCCCGGGAAGAGUCGGUGUGGUAACCCGCUGAGCUGUGACGUUGUGUCUCGAGAAGAGCUCGAGGGGAAAAAAAGAACCCUUUCGCGAACUUAGUAUGUUCCAGAUCCUCAAUCAGUGUUGUCUGUUUCGGAUCCUUCCACUCCGACGACAGGGGUGGACGUAGAUAUUUUGUAUGUUGAAAUGCUUGUCAUUUGACCGCAAUCCUUGUAAUGAAAAAAAAAAACAACAUCAGUAGCUAGUACAGAGCUAAACGCCAUCUUUUAUCGGACGUUUUUAUGACCAGAAGAUGGGUUUUGUACGUUUUGCGAAAACAAAAGGAGAAAGGAAUUGUGCGGGACACAAGAAAGACCAGGCGGGAAGUCCGGAAGAAGACUUGUGAUUUUAAAAAAAGACAGACUUGCGACAAUCUGUACUGUAGAAGCUCAUCGCGGAGGACACAUCGCAGACACACGUCACCUGUUGGACGAGACCUGUCCACC